CUUCCCUGCUCUCUCCCUGGCAGCCCCACGGCGACGGCAAGCGGACCCACGUGGCCAAGCGCACCCGCGAACACGAACUCAGCAACCGCAUGGGCCACGGCGAUCACCACCGCCGAGACCACAGCCUUGGCCACAAGACGGACGCCCACAAGAACAACUCGACCCACAGCGCCCACCGCCCCGCCCAGCACAAGCUCGAGGGCGCCCACAAGGCCGAGGCGCGCAAGGCCCUAGCGCACAGGAACGCCGGCGGCAGCAAGGGCGCCAAGACCCCAGGAGGUGACGCCGGCAGCAACCACGACGCCAAGGACCUGCAGCUGCAACACAUCACCGAGCACAACAUCGAGAAGAAGCACGAGGAUAAG